AUUGACAUUCCCAUGACAACUCACUCACACGGUCCAUAGUCUACACGCACACACACACACACUCACUUUACCCUUUUCUCUCUCGUCUAUAUAAAUCCACCUUCACCACUCAGUUUUACACUUUGCUCACAUCAUAUUCACACACUAGCAAUCACAAAUUUGACCAGUUUCUCACAAUGGGAGAGAAGAAGGAGAAGGAGAGUGGAGGAAUCACCGUCGUGCUGAAAGCUGACUUCCACUGCGACGGCUGCGCUUCAAAAGUUAUUAAGUGCAUUCGCUCCGUUGAUGGCGUCGAGGCUGUGACGAUCGACGGCCAGAAGAUCACGGUUGUUGGAAGGGUGGAUCCGGCGAAGCUCCGGGAUAAAGUCGAGCAGAAAACGCACAAGAAGGUGGAGCUGAUCUCGCCGCAACCGAAAAAGGAUGGCGGCGAGAAGGAGAAAGGCAAAGAUAGCGGCGGCGGCGAUGGCAAAAAUGAGAAGAAAAAGGAUAACGAAGGCAAAAAAUCGAACGAUAAAUCCGAUCAGAAAAAAGAGCCACCACUGACGACGGCGGUUCUGAAGCUGAAUCUGCACUGCGACGGAUGCAUUCACAAAAUCUACAAAACUGUCACCAAAACUAAAGGUUAUAAGGAUAUGAAGAUCGACACGCAGAAAGAUCUGGUGACGGUGACCGGAUCCAUUGACAUGAAGGCGCUGGCUGAUGUGCUGCAGAAGCAGCUGAAGAGAGACGUGGCGAUCGUGCCGCCGAAGAAUGAAGGCGAGAAGAAAGAGAAAGGCGGCGGCGAUGGGAAAGGGAAGAGCGGCGGCGACGGUGGUGGAGACGGUGGCGAUGAGAAUGUGCACGGAAACAAGAUGCAGGCUCCGCCGCCGGGGUACCCGUACCCGUUUAUAUCCGGGCCGGGUCACGCCGUUGGCGACCAAUUUCACUACAAUCCGUAUGGGGCCCAGUUGCUGCAUGCCCCUCAAAUUUUCAGCGACGAGAAUCCCAACGCUUGCAGUGUUAUGUAAGUGGCAAAAUUUGUAAAUAAGAUUAUAUUUCCAGGGCUAUUAGGUCAUUUGGGUAAGCUAUUUUUGGUUCAUUUAUUUAUUGCGGGGGUAGUAGCGCUAGAGGUCGAAAUCCAGUAUCUCAUUUGAUUAUAUUAAGCUUUCUAAUCAUGUGAAUGUUUGUUUUGACCAAUUUUGGUAGCUAUUUAUUUAUGAACAUUAGUUGUUUA